GUGGUGACAGUUACGGAACGGGCCCAUCACGAUAGGUCCAUCUCAGCGCGAUGAACUGCAUAGGGAGAUGCAUGACGUUAUAGGCUAUCGACUUGAGGUAAAAGGUGAGGUCACGCUAGGUCGGUUCAUCGUCUUCGUACUCCUAUCCAUGGGCAGUUUUCAGGCGUACCCAUGUGAGCUCAUUCUCGUUAGGUGAGGUUGGAUUUUGCGUCUUGCGAUAGGAGGCUGAGCGGGCCCGAGCUUCCUCGGUGUACUCGAUGAUCAUACUAGUUUUAGUUCUCUUUGGGAUAUGUCCAACAUUCGAAGUCUGUUCGACUCGGACGAUGGUCAGCAGCAUGACAACGACCCUAAUGCAACCAGCUCCUUCACUGGGGGAGAGAAGUCAGGUCUGGCCGUCUUCAAUCCUCCCGAGCCUGGUCAGAAGCCUCCAGACAACCGUUUCAUUGUCACUGUCUAUCGUAACGGCUUCCAAGUGAAUGGGGGUCCUUUCAGAGAUACAUCCAUACCGGAGAAUGCCCGGGCCUUGCAGGAUAUGCGUCAGGGCAUCGCUCCGCUAGAGAUUCAGGAGGCAGUGGUGGCAUCUGGUCAGAACAUGCGUGAGGUUCAAGUGAUGGUGAAUCAGAAGGACGAGGAUUACACUGGCCCUACUACUGAGGCUACUACCAAUAGUGACGACCAUGGUGGUCUAUUCGCUGGUCAUGGUCAGACUUUGGGUGGUAGUGCUGGUCCUAAGGUAGAGACUCACACUGGCACUACAGUGGAUUUGGACAACUCGAAGCCUCUAGCUACUAUCCAGUUCCGCUUCCCUGAUGGCCAACGGAAGGUACAGAAGUUCAACCUGGAUUCUCAUAGAGUCUCGGAUGUGGUAGCCUUCGCUGCCUCCUGCAUCGGAGCUGACUCUACCGCUCUAACACUGGCAUGCGGCUUUCCUCCUAAGCCACUGACUGAUCUCAGUCUUACUGUUCGUGAGGCAGGGCUUGAUGGUUCCGCGGUUACCGUGAAGCUGAAUUGAAUGAUAUGAUAUCUAACUUUGUGACUAACAUAAUCGUUUGUACCAUUUCG